AUGUCGACGCCUGGACUUACGCCGAGAGUUUUAUUCGGACACAGAAUCGACGUCAGUAAGAAUGCACAUUAUUUGACAGACGAUGAUGUUUUAUAUCCUUGCGGGAAAACAUUAGUAGUUCAAAACUUUACAAAAAAUGUACAAAAAUCCUAUUCUUUACCUGAUAAAACCAACGAUGUUCAACUUAUACUUUUAUCUCCGAAUAGGAAUUUGAUUGGACUUUUAGGAACGGCCGAAGAAGGCGAUGUCGUUCAUAUAUUUGAUGUAAGAUCAAUGAAGAGAUUGCGAACUUUGUAUCUUCCACCCGAUGCGAUUGCAAAAAGAAUUGUAUCAGCAUGUUUUUCCCAUGACGAAAGAUAUGUUGCUUUAAUCACUGGAGAUCCCGACUGGAUGAUGUUGAAUUAUAAUUGGGAAAGAGGAAAAAUAGAAACUUCGGCUAAAGCAAAUUAUACGACUAAUCCGUUGUAUCCUGUUCGCGAGGUGGUUUGCUCUCCCGUGGAUAACAAUACCCUUGUUAUUUUUGGUAAUGGAAUAUUUCGGUUGAUGACCUUGCAAGAAGCAGUUUGGCGGCAAUACGGAUUUCAAAAAGCUGAAAAUUAUGACAUACAUUCUGCCUGUUUUCUCAGCGCAGAUCGAAUCGUGUGCGGUACAAAAGAUGGAUUGCUUCUAAUAAUCGAUUUAGGAGAGUUAAAAUAUAUAUUUGAGGCGGAUGUCGUAGAUUUUUUUAAUAUUCGAGCGGAAAAAGAAGAGUAA